AUGUCGGAUUCAGAGGACGAUAGGCCUCUCAUCAAGGCCAAGUCAGACAGCACAAUCUCAAAAUCCACCGACAAAGCCAUGGACAAUGAUCUCCCCACGAGCAACGGCGCCGUCAAACCCGGCAUCAGCCUGGCCAUGGGCCCGGUCGACGACAUGGACAUCGACAAGCCUACCACGAACGGCGCGACCAAGCGCAAGACCUCCAUGCCCAACGGCAAAAGCUACAAAGACGCGAGUGACUCCGAGGAAGACGAUGUGCCUCUUCAGAAACGACGCAAGACCAAGCCCGCCAGCGACUCCGAGGACGAUGAUGUACCGCUUGUGAAGAAGCAGCAGCAGCCUCCUCGCGCCACGGCAGCGCAGAUGGGAGAGGACUCAGAAGAUGACGAUGUUCCCCUGGGGCAGAAGCUUCAACAAGAGAAGGCCAAGAUCGAGAAGAAGGCUGAGAAGGAAGCACAAGUUCUGCGCAAGGAAGAGAAGUCCACGCAAGCGAAGAAGUUGGCCAAGAAGGUGGACAGCGACGAUGAUGACGACAAGCCUCUGGUCAAGAAGAAGACCCCAGCGAAGAAAGAGGUCAAUGGAACGACGAGCGCGAAGAAGCAGAUCAAGGAAGAGUCCGACGAUGAUGUUCCCUUGAGGAAGAAGGCUCCUGCAAAGAAGGCGAAAAAGGGUGAAUCCGAUGAUGAGGAUGAUGUGCCACUGAAGAAGAAGGCUACACCGAAGAAGGUCAAGAAGGAAGAUGCCAGCCCCGCCAAAGGCAAGUCCAAAGUCAAGAAAUCUGAGAAGACAGAGGACGAUGCCGACGCGGAGGCGGAGGAAGAAGAGUACCGGUGGUGGGAAGACCCUGCCAAAGGAGACGGAACUAUCAAAUGGACCACUCUCGAACACAACGGUGUCGUCUUCCCACCCGAAUACGAGCCGCUUCCGAAACACGUCCAGAUGAUGUACGAGGGUGUUCCCGUCUCCAUGCAUCCAGAUGCCGAGGAAAUCGCCCAUGCCUUUGGAAGCAUGCUCAAUUCUGCUCAUAACGUCGAGAACCCGACCUUCCAGAAGAACUUCUUCAACGACUUCAAGGACAUGCUUGACAAGACAGGGCACGCCAAAGACAAGGACGGCAACAAAGUGAAGAUUGUCAAAUUUGACAAGUGCGACUUCAAGCCCAUCUUCAACUACACCGAUGCGGAGCGGGAGAAGAAGAAAGCCUUGUCUGCCGCCGAGAAGAAACAGAUCAAGGCUGAGAAGGAUGAGAAAGAAGCGCCAUUCAUGCACUGCAUGUGGGACGGCCGUAAGCAGAAGGUUGGCAACUUCCGUGUCGAACCUCCAGGACUGUUCCGUGGCCGCGGCGAGCACCCAAAGACCGGCAAAUUCAAGAAGCGCGUCUUGCCCGAGCAGAUCACGAUCAAUAUCGGAAAGGAGGCCACCGUCCCGAAGCCGCCCGAAGGCCAUAAAUGGAAAGAAGUCAAGCAUGAUCAAGAGGGCACCUGGCUGGCAAUGUGGCAGGAAAACAUCAACAAUGCAUACAAGUAUGUGAUGUUGGCGGCCAAUUCCGAUAUCAAAGGCCAGAGCGACUACAAGAAAUUCGAAAAGGCGCGUGAGCUCAAGAAACACAUCGAUCGCAUUCGCAAGGAUUACAAGAAAGAGCUCAAGUCGGAGACGAUGGCUGAAAGGCAGCGAGCCACUGCAGUCUACCUCAUCGAUCAGUUCGCUCUCCGUGCCGGCAACGAGAAAGGAGAGGAUGAGGCAGACACCGUCGGCUGCUGCUCGCUCAAGAUGGAGCACGUCACGCUUCGUCCUCCGGACACCGUCAUCUUCGACUUCCUCGGCAAAGACUCCAUCCGCUUCUACGAUGAGGUCCAGGUCGAUCCGCAAGUCUUCAAGAACCUCAAGCUGUUCAAACGCGCGCCGAAAGUCGAUGGCGACGAGAUCUUCGAUCGUCUCACGACCUCUGGACUCAACAAGCAUCUCUCCAACUAUAUGACUGGUCUGACCGCCAAGGUCUUCCGAACGUAUAAUGCCUCCUGGACGAUGUCGAAUCUGCUCAAAGAAAUGAAGAAUGACGCCGGAAAGCCGAUCAUCGAAAAGGUCAAGGACUACAACGACGCCAAUCGCAAGGUCGCCAUCCUGUGUAACCACAAGCGCACUGUCGCAGCAACCCAUGCCACGCAGAUGGAGAAGAUGGAGGACAAGAUCAAUGGUCUGCGAUACCAGCAAUACCGCAUCAGGCAGAUGAUGCUCGGCCUGGAACCGAAGCUGAAGAAGAAGAAAGGCGAAGAAUUCUUCGCUCUCCCCGACGGCCUCGACAACGAUUGGGUCAAGGAGCAUCAAGCGGCGCUCGUCGAAGAGCAACGCCAAAAGAUCAAGAAGAAGUUUGAGAAGGACAACGAGAAGCGGGUGGCCGAGGGCGAGAAGGAAAUGAAAGCCAAGGAACUCGAGGAGCGCAUGAGCGUUGCAGACGAGCUCGAGGCGAAGUUCAAGGAGGAGCGAAAGACGAAGAAGAUUGAGCCCGAGGGCAAAGGUCCGACCGUCGAGAAGUACGAGGAGAAUAUCAAGAAGCUGGACCAGCGGAUCGCGACGUUGAACACGCAAAGUGAGGAUCGAGAGAACAACAAAGAAGUGGCCUUGGGUACUUCGAAGAUCAACUACAUCGACCCACGCCUCACCGUGGUCUUCAGCAAGAAAUUCGACGUCCCCAUCGAGCGCUUCUUCUCGAAGACGCUGCGCGAGAAGUUCGACUGGGCUAUCAAGUCUGUCGACGAGGACUGGGAGUUCUAA